CUUUUUCUCCUCUUGCUUUUCUUACUGUCACAAUAUUCUGCUCGUCUUCGUGGAGGCACAAAAGGACUUUCGUUUCGAUAAUUUUCUGCUCCGCGCGUCAGCUAGAGUGAGCUGCGGUACGGAUUCGGCCCAAUUGCAGUGUAAAAAAGGGCCCACCAUUACGGGACGUGUACCGUUCUGCCGCUGUCGGUGGUAAAUCGCGCGUUUUCGAUAGCGUAUGGUUCGAUCGGAGUAGUGUGGUUGGGUAAGGAAGGGGGCGGAGAACUGCCUGCUGGAGGCACCGCAUGUGUGCAUGCCUUAGAAGUUCCACAUCAACCAUCGCCGUCGUCGUCCUGCGGCCGUCCAUGGCUGGGCAGUCGUACGGGAUCGAUGUACUUUACGCAGGACAGCACAGUUCGUGUCAUUUUUAGUGCACUGGGUAGCAUCCGCGGUGACAAUGUCUAAUAAUACGCGCGACGGUAAUGAAAAUUUCUGGCCACCGAACCAGCAACCGCCACCGCACCACUACCAGCAGCAGCAGCUACACCAGACGCUGUUGCAGCAACCGGUCGUGCCCCAGCUGCUCCCUCAUCCGCAGCAUCUCUCGUACGCUGUCCCGUCCGUGCCGGUGGUAACACCGUCGACUGCGGCAGCAUUCUAUCAUAACGCGGCUGGAAUGGUGGAUAACUAUGGUGGGCCAGGAACAGGGUAUUCUAUGCACCAUGGUAGUGCGCACCAACCGAUGGAGGACGAAUACACCGAUAGCUACGGGCAACCGAUUAAGGUGGUGUAUCAACCUCAGCCACAACAACAACAGCAACAGGCCGCUGCUGCCGCCUGUAUGAUACCCUGUGCCCAGGAGGACACAAACCAGAAUCACACUGUACAGGACAAGCAAGGGUACGAGCUGUUUUCGAACAAUAGCAGCUUCUUGUUGGCUGCUCCGGGGUUUGGUUUUACUCUGCAUAACCCGCAACAGCAGCAGCAGCAGCAGCCACAACAUCAGCAGCAGCAGCAGCAGCAGCUGACUCAACAGCUACCACCACCGCAACAACAUUUGCCACAAUUCUCCAUCUCUACUGCCCCAACGCUACUAAACCAUCAUGUUCCUUCCGUUCCGGUACCGACCACCUCGUCGCAUUCGCUGGAAAAUGGAAACGGCAACACUACAAGCACACUGAUCAGCCAGCUCGUUGGGAACUGGGCACCCACCAUCUCCGGCACGUACGGGAACGGGCCCUCGUCGCAGAUGAACAGCAACGAUGUGCCCGUCGCCGUACAACCUAUGGCUCCGGCAGACCGAGAAGAACGAACCAGCAAGCGUACCGUUUCACCCACCAAGUCAGCUGUAUCGAAACCCGCUAUUAAUCCCGUCCCACCGAAUGUGGUCGGUGCGGGCACGACGGCACACGGAUCUCCGGCUUCCGGUUCACCGACCGUUUCGGUCAGUUCUCGCACCAGCACAAAAGUAGCCACAGCAUCGGCCGUGUACAACCAGCAAAACGACGACAAUUCGGCCAAGCUUGAUCAGAACGUAAACAAGAAGCAGCGCAUUGUGGCCGAAGUAAAACCGAUGCGCAUGUCGUACUCCGAUGUGCUGAGCAAGAAUGUUCCCGCCGGGGGUAGCAAUGCGUUCGCUGCCGGUACGUCUACCAACGGGGAUCCGGUGAAUGUGCUUCCAGCAGCGCUCGGACCGAAUGGCACGAAAGCGACUGGAAGCAAUGGAUCAAACGGUGGCACCAUGUGUGUCAAAUCGAAGCGAGAAUCGAAGCGUGCGAGUGGCAAUGGGGAUCGAAAAUCGGCGGGAAGCGUUGUGGGAGCGACCCACCAGAAGGAACGGCCCAUCGAUGGCACGGUGCGGAAGGGAAAUGGGGCUGGAAAUAGAACGUUUUCUCCCACACUCGCGGAUGGAAGCUCAAAGGUGGAUGGCAGUGGUGCUUCAGAAGCCUCAUUAAGAUCGGGCCAGGAGAAAGGGCGCAAGAACGAGAAGGUAAUUAAUACCGGCAAGAAGGAGAAGAGCUUCCGCACCGGUACGGAAGGAAGUCACGAGGGAAGUGGUCUCGCAGGUAAGAAAGGCAGAUCCACAGCGCAAUCGAACGACGCUUCCGAGGAGCCCUCCGGACUGCUGCAAACCGCCCGAAACGAGGACGCGAGGCCCAACGAAACCACCGAAGAGGAAGAUCGCGGGGAAGAGUACGACGACGAGUACGAUGAUGAUUCGGACGAGUACGAUCAGGAAAGCUUCGGUUCGUCGGAAACGACCGGCCAGCAGGACGAUGCCGGACGCCAUGAGCAGCUUCCGUUCGUGUACAACGUGAAGAAAAAUACAAACAACGGCACGAACGUUACACAUAUCGAGAAGAUUAACCCACCGCGAAUGGGCUCCACCUACCGGAAGGUGGCGACGGGAGGAGGUGGUGGUAACGGCCGCAAUGCCUCAUCCCGCCCCGGGCUUGGAAAGCAGCAGGACAAAGCGUUUGGCAGUUCGGCGUCUUCGCCGCCGGGCGGCAAGCGUUCGGUGCGGGCACGCAAAAAUCAAAAGUAUGCUUUCCUGGAGAAACUGUUCCGCAAGUGGCUGGAGUACAUGGUGCUGGCACUGCACUGGCUGUGGUCGCUGGUGAGCGAUGUGGUGUACCUUAGCGUGCGGCUUGCCUGGGACUAUGCCCUGUCCGGGUACCAGUAUUGUUGGCAGCAUGUGCGCCAGCUACGGCAAGAUUUGGGUAAAAAUUCGGCCCGCCCUGGUGCUUGGUUUCGAAACGUUUGCCAAUCGUUCGACGGACGCUUCGCGAAGGAUUCGCGGUGGGCGUUCUGGCGGCGCUGUCGUAGGCAGAAGCCGGUGGAACCUACCGGUGGCAAACCGACCGAUCGGUACCGCGAUGGGCGGUUGCCAUCUACGGCCGAUGAAGCGAUGUCGUCGCUGCUGAACUGCAAGGGUAAGGAUGCGUACAGUAUUUUAGGCGUGAGUCCGGACUGCUCCCAGGAGCAGAUACGGAAGCACUACAAAAAGAUUGCCGUGCUGGUGCACCCGGACAAGAACAAGCAACCGGGCGCGGAGGAAGCAUUCAAGGUGCUGCAACGGUCGUUCGAGCUGAUCGGUGAACCGGAAAGCCGCAAGGAGUACGACCAGAGCUUGGCCGAGGCGCUCAACGCAGAGAAGGCAUGGUCCGAGAUUAACGAUCUGCUGACGCAGCUGCACACGAAAAUAUCUGAAGCGGCCAACACAAUACGAUGUAGCAGCUGCUGCCUGCGCCAUCCUCGAAAACCGACCGGACGGGCACACUACGCCGCCAGAGAGUGUAGUUCCUGCAAGAUACGCCAUCCGGCACGCGAGGGAGAUAUUUGGGCUGAAACGAGUUUCUUCGGAUUGCGCUGGAAGUAUCUCGCAAUGAUGGAGGGCAACGUGUACGAUAUCACGGAAUGGGCCAACUGUCAGAAGGGUGCAUUGUCACAUCUGCAACCUAACUCGCACAUUGUGCAGUAUCGCAUCGUCCUGGGCAGCACCUCGCAGCAGCAGCAGCAACAGCAGCAGCAGCAGCAGCACCACCACCAACAGCAACAGCAAUCCCAACAUCAUCAACAGGGCCAGCCGCAGGACAAGGAUCCGAUUGGACGCUCGCGCAAAGAACCGGGGGCAAAUGAACCCAAUUUGGACGACUUCCUGAACAAUAUUUACGCCGGGCAGAACCAGCAAGCAUCGUCACAGAAUGCCUCCUCCAGGCGACGCUAUCGUAGAAAUUAAUUUGUUAAAUCCCUCCCCACCAUGUCCAAGACCGAUUACCGAAGAUUGCUUUCUCGGUACAUACUCAAUCUCCACUAGUUUGCGAAUCAUUUCUUAAUUUAUCCCUCCGUUGCCGUUUGGCUGAAUGCGUCCUGGAACAAGGUGCAUUUUAAAAUAGCAGUACUACACCGACCGAACCCCCGCUUUCUACAAUCUCUUCUUCAAAACACUCUGACCCUUGGGGGUUCUCAUGCAAGAUUUGAUGUUUGUCUCAACUAAUAAUCAACCGUUAGGCAAAGCAAUUGGUCUAAAGCUAAAGCAUUUGGAAGUUGUUUGGUGGCUAAAGUACGGACACACACCACCACCAUUUCAGUACAAAACCGAUCGAAGUAUCUUAUCGGUGGUCGUCGCUACCGGGAUACAGUAGUAUGUGGGGAUGUGGGAGAUAAUUUUGAAAUUCAUAUGGUGUGUAAUUUUUUUUUUUCUUUUUGGCGCAAAAUUUAAUAAGUAUCGUCGAUGUCUAAUCAAACCGAUGCGAUCAUCAAUCGCUUGCGGAAUGAACAAAAGCAACGUAUUAUUAAUCCACUUAUGCAGCGAGAGAGAGAGAGAGAGAUUGGGAUACUGAAAUUAAUGGAUUGUGUUAUAUGCCGGUGCUACUCUGUGCAUAUAAGCGUACUCACUAUGUAACUACUCUUGCAUAAAUUUACCAACCCAAUCAUAACACAAUGCUGGUACAAUAGCUGCGGUGCAAACCGUUGGAUAUAAAUAAAUGUGUUCUGGAACGCAAA